UAAAUAAAAAAAACUAAAAAUGCUUUCCUUUUCGGUCUCUAGGUUGUUCAUAAGUCGUAUCAAAGCAGUGAAAACUAAAUUUCUUAAUAUUCAUGGUUCUUACAAGAAAAAUACUUGUGUGAACCACGGCUAUAGCACAUGCCCUGAUGGUAUGAAAGUGACUAUUUGUGGAGCUGCUGGUUGCACAGGUCAACCUUUAGCGCUGCUGUUAAAACAAUGUCCCUUGCUGGACGAAAUAGCUCUGUACGACAUUUGUGCCACGUGCGGCCAGGGAAUGGAGCUGAGUCACGUCGACACCAAGUGCAAAGUGUCUUCGUUCUCAGGCCGCCAUAUGCUUUGUGAUGCUCUUAGGGGUUCAAAAGUCGUCAUUAUAGUUGCAAGAAACAAUUGUGACACGUUUGAGGACAACGCUCCCAUCAUAACAGAAAUUACUUUACAGAUUUGCAACACAUGUCCUUCGGCUUUUACCAUAAUAGCAACUGAACCCGUCGAAAGCAUGGUCCCAAUAGUAAGCGAGAUACAGCGUUUGCGUGCAAAGUACAACCCGCGCAAACUCCUGGGUUGUGUCGAGCUGAACUGUGUCCGUGCUAACACUGUGCUGGCUGACUUUCUGCACGUGCCGCCCGAGUCUGUGCGAGUGCCUGUGAUCGGCGGGGCAACUCCUCAGACUAUGGUCCCAGUACUCUCCGCUGCUGUUCAUCCGUGCACUAUAUCUCAAGAACAGACGGAAUGUGUAACGUCGUGCAUUAUGGGUGGCACGGAAGCUGUUUGCGAGGCCAAGGGUUCUGCGACCGCGACGCCUUGUCUGGCGGGCGCCUACUCAGUGGCGCGCACCACCAUCAACGUGGUCAAAGGGCUGCAGGGGAAGAAGGAGGUUAUCCAGUGCGCAUACGUGGACAGCCUUGGCACGUGUGCGCCUAAUUGUCAAUUCUUUGCGAGCGAAGUUGUUUUAGGACCCUCUGGAAUAGAAAAGAACUUGGGUAUUCCAGAAUUAUCAAAGUUUGAAUGCUGUCUUCUCUGCAACUGCUUGCCAUACGUUAGAAACGAAAUCGCUCGCGCAAUAUGGCUGGUGUACACAAUGUGCCAACAGUGUUGUUGUCCAACAUGCGUGGCACACCCCAGCACGUGCUUAACACCGCCCAUUGUACCGUGUGUGCCUCCUGCCAACUGGACAUGCGACUUUCCGGACCCUUGUCGUGAUGAGUACCUAGCGUCCAUAUGCCGCGAAAUGACCUGCAAGUGCGGAUCCACGGAGCUGUGCUGGAGGCCGCGAGACGCGCAAUUUGACGCCGUACGGGCCCUGAACUUGACUCACCAGAUGCCGCUCAAAGGACCCGCCUGCAACUCGUGCAAAGUUCCUAAAAGCGUUCGAAUCGACAAGAUUUAUAGGGAUCGUGUAAAAAAAACAUAGAACUCUCGACCAACUAAGUUUUAUCUAUGGUGUCCUACUUACGGUAUA